CUCAGCCCCAGGAUGUGCCUUUCCCCACAGCUGCUGCUGCUGGGGCUGCUCUGUGCCACAGAGCUCUGUGCUGUGCCUGCUGCUCUGCAGAAAGAUCCUAAGUGUGGGCAGAAAGUGCAAGAGACCAGCCUGGGGAGUUAUUUUGCCCUUUUCUCUCGGAUUGUUGGGGGACACCAGGUGAAGCAAGGCUCACAUCCAUGGCAGGUUUCCCUGAAGAGAAGGCAAAAGCAUUUCUGUGGAGGCACCAUUGUUUCUGCUCAGUGGGUGGUCACAGCAGCUCACUGCACCCUGGACAGGAAUCUACUGCAACACUUGCAUGUCACUGCAGGAGAGCACGACUUGGGGCUCAGGGAGAGCAGUGAGCAGACACUGCCUGUCAAAUCUGUCAUCCAGCACCCCAAGUUUGACCCCAGGACUCCAAUGAACUAUGACAUUGCCCUGCUGAAGCUGGAUGGCACCUUCAACUUCAGUGCAUCAGUUUUGCCAGCAUGCCUUCCUCAGCCAGGUGAAAAGUUUGAAGCAGGAUAUAUCUGCACUGCUUGUGGCUGGGGCCGUUUAAAGGAAAAUGGACUGCUCCCUCAGGUCUUGUAUGAGGUCAGUCUCCCAAUCCUAAGCAGCAGAGAGUGUUCAAGAGCACUGUCAACUUUGAAGAAACCCAUCCCAGGUGACACCAUAAUGUGUGCUGGAUUCCCAGAUGGAGGAAGAGAUGCCUGCCAGGGAGACUCUGGAGGUCCCUUGUUGUGUCGAGGCAAGCAGGGGGCCUGGACCCUUGCUGGUGUCAUCUCCUGGGGGAUGGGAUGUGCCCGUGGCUGGAUGGGGAACAAGAAGAAGAAAUAUCCCAAAAGAGGAUCCCCAGGAAUAUUCACAGACCUCAGCGUGGUGCUGCCCUGGGUUCAGGAGAACAUGAGUGCUGAUCUGAAAGUGAAAAGCUCCACAGCGUUUUGUAGUGUUCAGGAUGGCAAAAUCUGCAGCAGAGAAGGGGAAUUACAUUUUCCUGGAAGGCCUGGACAGUUCUAUCAAAACCACCAGCUGUGUAUAUGGAGUCUGUUUGUGCCAGAAGGGAAUUACAUAUGGCUUCAUUUCUCCCACUUUGAUGUAGAGCCAGAAAAGUUCUGUGACUAUGAUUCUUUAUCAGUCUAUUCAAAAGAUGACAGACUCGUGGGGAAAUUCUGUGGAGGAGAUCUUCCAUUACCUAUUUUGAUUGGCUCCAAUAGCAUGAGGCUGAAAUUUGUUUCUGAUGCUGAGGAUUAUGGAACCGGUUUCUCCAUUACCUACAAAGCUCUUACAUCAGAUAUUCUCCCUGGCAAGUUUAAGCCAAGUAAUGUGCCUGCCUACACUCUUGGGUGGGGAGCAGGAGAAAAUAAACCAGAAGAAGGUAUUUCUGUGAGGAUGAUGCUUUCAUGGGGGGCCUUGAGGGAGGCAGCUGAGGCUGAGAACUCGUCAUGGAGAAUUAUUUUGGGUUUUGCUGUGCACAGCAGUUCACCACCCCUAAGGAUGGGCCCAAGGGCCACUUGCUGAGUCUUAAAAAAACUCCUGAUGUUCCUGCUCUGGCAGCAUUUCCAGCUGGUUCUUUCCUUUCCCUUUUUGUCUGCCUGGAUUUCCAGAUGCUGGCUGCG